AUGGAUCGCUUCUCCCGGCCCCUGCUGUUCCUGCCUCUCCCAAGCGAGCAUCGAACACCGUGGGAGUCCCGAGUCGCGCUUUUCCUGCACGUCCUGGCCCCGUGGGCGGACGGCGUCCUCGGCUCGGCCUGCAUAUACUGGUCGCUGAUGGUGGUCAGCGCCGGGUCAGGGGCAGCGGGUUUCGACGAGCACGGUGAGACGGACCCUUCAAUCACGCUCGCAUGCGGGCCCUGGAAGGCGCUAUCAGGGACACCGCGGUGCUGGUCGGGCCGUCCUUCCCUGAACAAGGUGCUGAUGAGCCAGCCCGUCGGGUAA